GAAAAGCCUUGGAGGCUUAUGGAACUAUGUGUGCAUAAUUAACUCAGAUUGGUGUGUUGUAGCCAGACUGAGUUAUUAACACAUCUGUCUCAAAAUGGAUGCAGCUGUGACUGACAGCUGCACGUCCCCACCCAGCCCUGAUUUUAGUCUGGACUCAUCCAGUCCGUUUGCAAAUGGCCUGCACUUUGAGUCUAUUCUGUUUGAAGACGAGGACGAGGAUGAAGUUAUGGAUCCAGAGACAGUGUCUCGGCUGGAAAGAGCCUCGUGUGGCUCAACAAGAGAACAUACAACAAAUACAAAUUUAAAGACAAAAUUGGAUGUCAAGCCGAGAAGCAAAAUUUCAAAGGCUCGCUCCUCCUCGGGGAAAGAAGUCGUCUUUGAAGACAAGUCUAAAAGUGAUUGUGGGCUUUCUUCUCUUGUGAGCAGGCCUGCCGGGAUUGUAAUGCAGACAAAAAAAAUGAAAAGAAAGGCUCUACCACCAGUAAAAUAUUUGGAGGGUGAAGUUAUAUGGGCUAAAUUCAACCGUAGACCAUGGUGGCCCUGUCAGGUGACUGUUCACCCAGUUGAGGGAGUUUACCACAGAAUUAAAGAGCCACCAGAUCGGACCAAUCGUCAGUAUUUCCUCAAGACGUUUGGGGAACCUGAAGAACAAGCAUGGGUUCCUGAGCGAUCUACUCAUAUAUUUGUGGGUGGAUAUCAGUUUAACAAUCUCCCUUUUGUGAAAGGAAGUGGACGCCAACAAGAUGAAAACGCCAGACACUCUAUACCCAAGCGUUUUCUGAACUCUUGGAGAGCUAGUGUGGUUGAAGCAGAAGCACUUCUCCUGGAGAAACCAAGGGUCACCACUCCAUGCUCAGACUUCUUCAAAACAAUCUCUGAAGGAACCACAAAUAACACAGAAAACAAAGUGUCUGUGCCGGUGGAAUUACCCAACAUUAGUCUUCUGAGCAAUCGGACAGUUACACAGAAAGACCACAUGAACACCUUACCCCAUAAUCAGGGGUCUAAAAACAAAAAGAAACAAAGAAAGUCGUCAACACAUUUGAAACAAUCUGAGGAAUUUCAUUAUGAGAAGGAUACGAUUAUGGAAGGGUUGGACAGUCCCUACUCUGACAUUGAUUCGGUACCACAGAUCCGCAGAUGUCCCAAAAGCUCUGAGCGAAUAUCAAAUAUCAAACAAUCAAACUCAACCCCAAGUCAGCUUCCCAUUACAAAUGACAAAGAAAUAAAAAAGAAUGUGGAGAACCAGGGUGGCCUUUGGUUCAGCAAAACAGGGAAAGGUCAAGUCAAUGGGGGACUCGGUCGUGCUGGAAUUAAAUCUGUGAAUUGUUCUUUUGGGAGGGUAUCUUGUAAAAUUAAGAUGCCAGAUUCAGCAAGCAUGAAAUCCAAGGACAAUCAAAUCACCGGACUUGAACAUCUAUCAAACGAAGCCAGGAAAGCUCUUGGUAGGAGAGUCAAGUGCCUUCCGGCAAGUAGUCGCCUGAUGACGCGAGCACUGAAGGCAAUGGAGGAGGAAGAGUGGAUAAAGAAACAACUGGUAAACCAAGAGUCAAUCUCAAAUGUUGAAAUGGGGAAUUGUGUGUCUUCUUCUGACUUUACAUUACAUGAAACAACAGAUGUAGACGACAAUGGCUCUUCACAGAAGAUUCCAACUACCGCAAGCUGUGAUCAGAAAGAAGACUCAAACUUCAGCACACGCACCCAGCUAUCAUCUGAUCUUCAAAGUUGUAAAGACAAUGAACAUUCAGUCAAAUCUGAAGAUGAAACUUCUUUGAUAUCUCAAGCACCUGUUGCCGUUCAUUCAUCCAAAUUCAAACAAGAGAGUCACAUUUCUGAUUUAUCUUCUAGUUCCACUCCAUCUUUGUGCCUAAAUAUGGAAGAUAUGGAGAACAUGAAAGAAUUAACCUUCAAAUCACUAGCAAAUGAACAGAGUGGCCAGCCUCUGUCGUUUCAUCCUGAUGCAAACUAUAAGUUUAGCACAUUCCUAAUGAUGCUCAAGGAUAUGCACGAUACCCGGAAAAACGAUGGAACAGCAUUGGUAAUAGAACCGUUACCCCAAAAUGAACUUAUUAAAGAGGAGCCAUCACUGAUUCCGAAUGUGAAGGAUGAGCUGACCACAGUGAACACAGUAGUUACAAAAAAAUGUCAAUUAGGCAAAAUCACAUCCAAACAGAAGAAGAUGAAGCUGAAGUCUGGGACAAAUAGUAUCCCGGAAAAUCAUCUAAACCCUAUAGUUUCAAAAAACGCUCAAAGACACAGUAAAAAAAUGAGUUCGAAAAAGAAAACCACUGUGGUCACAUCAAACAUCCACUCCAAAUAUUCAUAUGACAAACUGAUAUCUGAGCUUCACCUGCCCUCAGAGGAACCAGAGACCUCAGCUAAGUUCUCAGCUAAUGUGCCCAAAAAGCGUUGGCAAAAGUUUGACCAAGUCAAUAACAAAGCGUUGCAUGCAGACGAAGGAGGUUGUGUUCAAGAGACAAAACCAUUACCCUCAGAAAAUUGUGAAGUUUUGGUGGGUGGCAUAGAUAAGUCUUUUUCUUGUGUCCCCGAGAAGCCAGCUUCCAUCAAUGCAUUAGAAAAUACUCAAGCCAACUGUCAAACAAAUGACACCCCUACAGAAUGUAAACGUAUUCGAAAACCUAGCAAAAGACUCAUAGAAUGGACCGAGGAAUACGAUCAAUUGUUUUCUACUAAGAAGAAAGCAAAAAAGAAACCUGAGUCGUUUACUAAGGUCGAAAACCACAAUUGCAGUGGUCCAGUGGAGAAGAUAUCUGGCGAAAGUAUACAGAAUCCUCAGGUAACAGAACGAGGUGUGUCGAGACCCCUGCCAGAAUUACAGACUCCUCCUCCAGAAGACUUGUCUCGGAGCACUCCCUCAAUAAAUACCACGCCAUGUCAAGAGAGUCAAGUGUUGUCUGUUGACACGCUAACUCCACCUCCAGAAACAAUCCCAUCACCAUGUGCUGAACUCUGCCAUGGGGAGCAGCUUCAAAGACAAAAUGCUUUGGCCAUUGGUGAUGGUGUGUGUCUAAGCACUAAGAGACAACGGAAACCCACCAAAAAGAUUCUAGAAAGCUCCAUUGAAGCCGAACCAAUUCUCAUUCCUAAAAGAAAGGUGAAGUCACAGAAGAUGUGCUCAUCUGGACAAUCUACAAGAUCAGGAAUGGGACAACAAUCAUCAAAAAGUAAGAACAAGCUGUCUUCUGAGUCCAUCGACAAACCAACUGACCCAAUACUAAAAAGCACAGAGAUGGAGAUAAAAGUUGCCCCUGCAAUGCCUCAUCCAGUUGACCCAGAAUCAGCAGAGGACGACUCAGAUGCUCUCAGAUGCUCAAGUUCAGAGAUGUUUGAAUCUAGUUAUGGCUUGUGUUCCGAAAGAGAAGAAAAUCCACAAUCUGAUGAAGGACUCUCGGAUAAUAAAAGACUCUCAGAGGAGAACGGUGGCAGCAUCUUACUCAAGGAAAACGUGUGUCAGGCAUGUGAGAAGCAGGGAGAUCUCCUUCUGUGCGAAGGCCAAUGCUGUGGGGCAUUCCACCCACAAUGCACUGGUCUGAACGAGCCUCCCACAGGAACAUUUUUAUGUCAGGAGUGCACGUCUGGUAUACACUCAUGCUUCGCUUGUAAGAGCCUGGGUGAGGACGUCAGGCGCUGUAUGCUUCCUGGAUGUGGGAAGUUCUACCAUGGGGAGUGCGCUGCCAGCCAUGCGCCCACUGUACCUCUGAACCGGGCCUUUCGUUGCCCUCUCCACGUCUGCCUGUCGUGUUUCAUCACAAACCCUACCAACCCGUCCAUAUCUAAAGGCCAGCUAACCCGCUGUAUCAGAUGCCCUGUGGCAUAUCACGCCAACGAUAACUGCGUUCCUGCUGGGAGUGCCACACUCACCCACAGCAACAUAGUGUGUCCCAACCACUUCACACCAAGAAAAGGCUGCCGCAACCACGAGCAUGUCAACGUCAGCUGGUGCUUCGUCUGCUCAGAAGGAGGUAGUCUGCUGUGCUGUGAGUCAUGUCCCGCGGCAUUUCACCGAGAGUGUCUCAACAUCGACAUGCCAGAAGGCAGCUGGUACUGCAACGACUGUCGUGCUGGAAAGAAACCGCACUACAAGGAGGUAGUGUGGGUAAAAGUGGGCCGCUACAGAUGGUGGCCGGCAGAAGUUAGCAAUCCCCAAACCAUUCCUGAGAAUAUCCUACGCAUGAGACAUGAUGUCGGAGAGUUCCCAGUGCUUUUCUUCGGCUCUAAUGACUACCUGUGGACUUACCAAGCCCGUGUUUUCCCUUACAUGGAGGGUGAUGCCAACAGUAAAGAGAAAAUGGGAAAGGGAGUUGACUCUACCUAUAAGAAAGCUUUGGAAGAAGCUGCUCUAAGGUUCAAAGAACUGCAGGCGGAGAAAGAACUACGGCAGCUCCAGGAGGACCGACAAAUUUACAAGAAACCUCCACCAUACAAACAUAUUAAGGUGAACAAACCAAUUGGCAAAGUGCUGAUCAUCUCAGCUGACCUUUCGGAGAUUCCCCGUUGCAACUGCAAAGCGACAGACGAGAACCCCUGCGGUAUGGAUUCAGAGUGCAUCAACCGCAUGCUGCUGUACGAAUGUCACCCAGAGGUUUGUCCCGCAGGCGAGCACUGCCAGAACCAGUGCUUCACCAAACGGCAGUACUGCCAGGUGGAGAUCUUCAGGACACUGUCUCGAGGCUGGGGACUGCGCUGUGUGCACGACAUCAAAAAGGGAGGAUUUGUUAACGAAUAUGUUGGAGAGGUGAUUGACGAGGAAGAAUGCCGUGCCCGGAUUAAACACGCUCAGGAGAACAAUAUCGGCAACUUCUACAUGCUUACGUUGGACAAAGAUCGAAUUAUUGAUGCCGGGCCCAAGGGAAAUGAAGCCCGUUUUAUGAACCACAGUUGCCAGCCAAACUGCGAGACCCAAAAAUGGACAGUCAACGGAGACACACGUGUUGGGCUUUUUGCGCUCACAGAUAUCCCUGCUGGCACAGAGUUAACAUUCAACUAUAACCUUGAGUGUCUGGGCAAUGGGAAGACAGUGUGCAAGUGUGGUGCAUCGAAUUGCAGUGGAUUCCUGGGAGUGAGGCCAAAAAACAACCCCCCAUCAGAUGAUAAAGGCCGUAAACUGAAGAAGAGGUCCCAGAUGAAGCGCAAAUCCCAGCAAGUAAUCAAGGAACGGGAGGAUGAGUGCUUUAGCUGUGGAGAUGGAGGACAGAUUGUGUCCUGCAAGAGGCCAGGCUGUCCUAAGGUUUACCAUGCCGACUGCCUCAAUCUCACCAAGAGACCUGCAGGCCGUUGGGAGUGUCCCUGGCAUCAGUGUGACCUGUGUGGACAGGAAGCAGCUUCCUUCUGUGAGAUGUGCCCUAGUUCCUAUUGUGUCGAACAUCGGGAAGGCAUGCUUUUCAUAUCCAAACUGGAUGGGCGAUUGUCAUGCAGCGAGCACGACCCCUGCGGCCCCGAACCCCUGGAGCCUGGCGAGAUCCGGGAAUGCCCCGGGGAACCUUCCACACCGUACCCUAUAAACGUCAUCAGAGAUGCCAAAACCAAAACCACAACCCGAAACACUAUGGAUGUCCCGCAGGCUCCCUCUCCCCCUGAUAUAGCCCCUCAGGUCUCCUUUAGCCCCCCCAGUAGCCCUCCACCACUUAACAUCUCUUUAAACUGUGCAUAUUCACCCAUCUCUCCCUAUGGAGAAGAAAACGAAGAAGAGGAAGAGAGUUUGAUGAACUUAGAAAUGGAUGGUGAGAAGAGCGUAUCUCAAGAUAAUUCGGAACGGCUGAGGUUAAAGAAGAAAACCGAAGUAUGAAGGUUUAAUCUAUUGACUAUCGAAGCAAACUGACCCGGGGUUUAAAUCUCCCAAACAGACCUCUUUUCAGCCAUGUUCUUGUUUUCUCACACUAACUUUCACUGAGGGUAUCUGGUGUGCUUUGAGUUCCAAUCACUACAACAUCCUUGAAGAUGGUACUCAAAACGGUUUGCAUCUCCUUCUGUAAUCUCUUGCUGAUUUUAUGAGGUUGAUUCGAACUGCACUGAGGAAGAUGACAAUGCUUACGAAAAAAAGAUUCAAACAAUGAUUGAACAGUAUCCACUUCAUACAACGCCAUCAACAGUUACAACAUC